AUGGCAUACACAGCAGCAGUGUGGAAGGACGAACCGUCCAAGAGUGAGACACAAAAACGCGUAAACAUGAAGUUGAGAAAUGAGUUCGUGACGGAGAUGACCCCUUUGCUGGCGGAUCCAAGUUGGUCCAAUACGCAACGUUUGCAGUACAUAAGGGAAUUGGCCAAUGGUCAGGCGACCUCUGACCCAGCAGUCUUUUUUGAUGAGACAGUGUACGACUGCUUCUUCAAGCCAUAUAUUCAUGAGAAGAACGGCAAAUUCUCUUUUGCAAACAACCCGUGGACUCUGUGCGUGGCACGCUGUAUAGACGCGCGCGGGGCACUACUGAACCAAAGCAAUUUUCCGGUCCUGCAAUGGUACCAGAACGAGCAAAGACUGCAGCAACUUGCGCGAGUUGGUGAGUUUGUGCAAGGCACGCUACGAAAAAAUCACCAACUGAGCGUCAAGGAAAAGCAAGACCGCAGGCACGUGGAGACCAUUUGCAGGAGGCAUGGAUGGCAACAACGCUGGCAUCCAAAGGAAGGGGAGCCUUAUUUUAAACGACUGCUGAGUUGGUCGAAUGAUGCUGUAAAAAGGAGCAUACAAAAGCUUCGGGAGGACAAAAGAAGGAACAACAAGCGGUAUCAGUUGGACAUGCCGUGGUGCAUCUACUUGGAGAUGUUGCGCAAUGCGAAUGCGCAUUUCAGCUGGAAAACCAGAGCUGACUACGAGGAACUAUUGUUUCAUUGCUUGCCGCCCCGGUCAGACUUGCUAUUGGCGGCUUUGAGGAAUUUCACUCUGUCCAGACCCCAGGUGAGAGCCAGGAGCCGGGCUUCACUGGGCUGCUUCGGCGGGAGGUUGCGCGUAUUUGGAGCCUUGCCGAUUCCAAGUCACAGCCGUCCAUGUCUGUGUGCGCUUGCAGCAUCUGCAGUCGCAAGCUCAUAUCAGCCAGAGCCAUGUGGUUGUUCCAUACCACGUGCGUGCGCAUUUCGGAGCCCGCAGAAUUACCGAGCUGGGGUCACGUUGGCUUGUUAG